AGAGAGAGAGAGAGAGAGAGAGAGAGAGAGAGAGAGAGAGAGAGAGAGAGAGAGAGAGAGAGAGAGAGAGAGAGAGAGAGCGCGAGCACAUGCAGCGACUGCAGACGUUCUGAGCAUUUGGAAGGGAAGCAGAAAGACAUCAGACACUCAUGCAGGAAUGAAAGAGGAUCUGACAGAAAGACUAAAACCUUUGUGUUCCUUCUGAAUGGAUGAAUGUGCAGCUGCAGCGGUUUGUGCAACUGAAGGAAUUAACAUGCUAAACUAGCUGAAGACUCGAGUGGAAAGACUUCAGCGAACUUCAGCCUAAUCGCUAACGAGAAGAUAAAAACAAAAACAUCCUGUCCAACACAAUGAGCACCACCGUCUGGCCGACCAACCACUUCACCAAUCACACCGUCGGCACGCUGAUGCCCAACCACUCGUGUCCUCUGGAAGAGGAGAGCUUACGGCUUCCGCUGGCGGUGCUCUACUCGCUCAUCUUCCUGUUCGGCCUGGCAGGAAACCUACUGGCUUUGUGGGUCUUCCUCUUCCUGCACUCGCGCAGAAACUCUGUGCGCGUCUUCCUCAUCAACGUGGCCGUGGCGGAUCUGGUUCUGGUGGCCUGUCUUCCCUUCCGGGUGCUGUACCACUCUCGAGGGAACGUGUGGUCGCUGGGGCCGCGCAUGUGCAAGGUGGUGGGCAACCUGUUCUACAUGAACAUGUACGUCAGCAUCACCCUGCUGGGCCUCAUCAGUCUGGACCGCUACCUGAAGAUCAUCGGCGUGCGGGGCUCUCAGAGAGGCUGCGGGCCGCGCUGGCUGCGGGGGAGCCGCUGGAGUCUGGUGACCUGCGGCCUGCUGUGGAGCUGCUCUCUGGUGAUGGUGGUUCCCAUGAUCGCCAUGGUCGAGGGCAACGAGGAGGACGGGAAAUGUUUCCAUUACAAGCAGAGGAAACAUGCCCGCGGGAAAGCCUACUUCAACCUGUUCAUGGUGGCCGUGUUCUGGCUGGUGUUCGUGGUGCUGCUGGUGUCGUACGGACGGAUCGCCCGGCGACUGCUGCAAGCCUCGCGGGACAAACCGGACCUGCCCAACGCCACGCGCUACGCCCGCACCGCCAAGAAGUCCUUCGUGGUGCCGCUUCUGUUCACCAUCUGCUUCGUUCCGUAUCACGCCUUCAGGGGCGUCUACGUGGCGUCGCAGCUCAGCGAUGUCAGCUGCGAAACGCAGCGGCUCAUGGACCGCACCAACGAGGCCAUGCUGCUGCUUUCCGCCCUUAACAGCUGCUUGGAUCCCGUCAUGUACUUCAUGCUCUCAGGAUCAGUGCGCAAGGCCACCAUUCAGGCCUUUUCGCAGUUCUUCCAUUUGCACCACGAACCCGCCAGCACCAACAGCUCGACCACAGAGUUUCGAAGGGCGUCCUUGUCCCACGCCUCCACGGCGGCAGUGCUGGCCACAUCACGAGGCAGUCUGGGACUCAUUACGCCCCUCCGCCCCAAACCUGCAUGCCUUAACACCGACGGAGAUCCCUGUCCACAGACUGCUGUCCUAUCAAACUAAACGAGCAGCACCACGUGUGAUGACGAGUUUCUCAUGUCAGCCAAACUGGGCUGUGAACGGAAAAGACUCAUGGGAAACAAUGACUAGCUUGAAAUGUUUGCAUGGGAAAGUUCACUUCUGUGAGCACGUGUGGGAUAUAUGGCUGGAUACCCAACCGCAAGACAUAACUAAACAUCUGGUUUUAGAUUUUCCCUCUAACAGACAAGAAAUCAGACACAACUGUAGACAGUCAGUGUUGUUAAAACCUCAGAAUUAUUUCAAGAUAUCAUGUAUUUCAAGCAGCAUCAGCUGCAGUGAUGAACACUGACUUACACAUGAUGAAGGACGCCUCCUACUGGAGGAACAGAGUUACUGCACUCCUCUGAUGAAAACACAGAGAAACAGACCUGUUCUUAAUGUAAUCACAGGCCAGCGAUAGUUUGAUCUCACACAGACUACAUUCAGCAUGUUUUUCUGUAAAGACAGUCUGUGAUCUCAUGAACACACACAUCUGAUCAGCUGAAGCGCCAAUCUGACAAUAAUCCCACUGUAAUCACAGAUGGAUGGGACGCGUCCUGAUGGUUCAGACACUUUCUAACCAGUGACUUUUGUGAUUACUGGAUACAAGCUGUUGAAGAUCAUCUUAGACACACAACUGACUUGUCUACUUCUUCUGCGUUCCUGUAGCUCAGACUGUAAGGUCAUGGGUUCGAUUCCCAGUGAAAGCAUGAAGUAAUAACACGCACACCUUGAUUUCAAUCCAAGACGCUUUGGAUAAAAAGUGUCUGCAAAAUGCAUUACUGUAAAUAUAAACAAUAAAUAUAAAGAAUAUUUCAGACAGGAGAAUAAAAACAUAAAGCCUUA